AUGGUUUUUGAUUCAUCGGCCAAAUUCUGUGAUGUAUCUCUAAAUGAUGUGCUGCUCAAAGGACCUGACCUUAGCAAUAGUUUGCUAGGGAUCUUGAUGAGAUUCAGAAAGGAAGCAGUAGCAGUAACGAUGGAUGUAGAACAAAUGUUCUAUAACUUCAAAGUGAACCCAGAGCAUAGAGACUUUUUGAGAUUUUUGUGGCACGAGGAAAAUGAUUUCAACCGCCCACUUACCAGCUUCCGUAUGACGGUACAUGUCUUUGGGAAUAGUCCGUCACCCUCCGUGGCCACUUAUGGUUUGAGAAAAUCAGUAGAGUCCUCCAGUGAAGAUGUCAAAGAUCUCAUAAACAAUAACUUUUAUGUUGACGAUGGUCUAUUGUCAUGUUCCAGUGAAGAAGAAGCCAUGAGUCUUGUACAUAGGACAAAGGAUGCACUGAAUGAAGGAGGGAAGUUAAGACUUCACAAAUUCGCAUCGAAUAGCAGAACACUUCUUGAUUCAUUUCCCUCGAGUGACCUUGCCAAAAACCUGAAAGACCUUGACCUUGGUACGGCGUCACUACCACUACAGAGAAGUUUAGGACUUCUAUGGGAUACAGACUCAGACGCCUUCUUGUUUAAAGUGUCAGAUGAGCAGAAACCUUUCACCAAGCGUGGAGCAUUGUCUAUCAUCAAUAGUAUCUAUGAUCCGAUAGGCUUUGCUCAACCAGUUGUAAUCAGAGGCAAGAUAUUGCUGAGAAAUAUGAUCUCCUCUACAACAAAAUUGGACUGGGAUGAUCCCUUACCUGACUCCCUCUACAAGGAAUGGAAAUCCUGGGUACAGUCGUUGCCAGAGUUAGAGGAGUUCCAGAUUCCCAGACAGUACAGUUCCAAGUCAUUUCAGGGAGCCCAGAAGCGAGAGGUGCAUAUCUUUGCAGAUGCAUCUAAAGAAGCCAUCGCAGCCGUGGCAUUCUUGAAGUUGUACGGCAUGGGCCCAGAUUCCUGCACGACUAGUUUUCUACUUGGAAAAGCAAAGGUUGCUCCAUGUAGUGGGCAUACAGUGCCAAGACUUGAAUUAUGUGCUGCUGUGUUAGCAGUUCAGCUAGCAGAUGUCAUUCAUGAACAGUUGAAGAUAGACAAAGAACAGUUUUCUUUCUAUUCGGACAGUCAAGUGGUACUUGGGUACAUAACGAAUGAGACUAGAAGAUUCUUCAUUUAUGUAGGAAAUCGAGUGAGUCGCAUCAGAAUGUCUAGCCACCCCUCGCAGUGGAACUACAUAGCAUCGGAAUGCAACCCAGCAGAUGUUGCUACAAGAAGUGUGAAAGCAUCUCAACUGGCAGACAGCAUGUGGAUCAAAGGCCCAGACCUUGAAACAGAAUCUCAUUCAACAUCUGCUCUAGACAAUUACCCUCUAAUCAACCCAGAGAUAGAUAAAGAAUUGCAACCAGAAGUAAGAUGCUUCAAAACAGAGGAGUUGCAGGACGAGAAAUCCAUGUUUGGAGUUUCCAAGUUUACAAGGUUUUCAGAUUGGAGAAAACUUGUGCGAGCAAUAGCUUUUUUAAAGACUUUCAUCAGGAAGUACACUGGCAUCAUUACUUCUGACACAGAAGGGAAACGUUAUGCCGCAGAUAUUAUCGCAGAAUCGGAACACUUCAUUAUUCAGACAGUGCAAAGGGAAGCCUAUGGCCCAGAGAUUCAAGCCAUUAGAGAAGGAAGAUCACUGAACAGAAGCUCAAUCUUAUCUCUAUCUCCAGUGCUAGAUCCAGAUGGUCUCUUACGUGUUGGCGGAAGGUUAAAGGGCAACAGAUCUGUUGAUGACUUAUCGAAACAUCCGAUAAUCAUCCCUAAGAACCAUCACCUGGCCAAGCUUCUCAUUCACCAUUUCCAUUGCAAGGUCUCGCAUCAGGGUCGACAUUUCACUGAUGGAGCAGUGAGAGCUGCUGGUUUUUGGAUAGUGGGGUCCAAGCGCAUGGUUUCAUCUGAAAUCCACAAGUGUGUCAUUUGCCGCAAACUUAGAGGGAAACUUGGAUGGCAACAGAUGGCAUGCUUACCAGAAGACAGAGGGACUCCUAGUCCUCCAUUCUCAUACGUUGGUGUGGACACGUUCGGACCAUGGGCAAUUAUUCACAGGAGGACCAGAGGAAGUUCAGCCAAUCAAAAACGUUGGGCCUUGUUAUUUACUUGUAUGGUGACCCGUGCAAUACAUAUCGAAGUCAUUGAAGAGUUAUCUAGCGCAGCAUUUAUUAACGCAUUGAGGCGUUUCAUCGCCAUUAGAGGCCCAGUGGUACAGUUUAGGUCAGAUCGGGGAACCAAUUUCAUCGGGGCAACAGAGGACCUGUCCAUCAAUGCUGAAUUUGUGGAAAAAGGACCAGUUGGAACAUUUCUGACUAAUUCAAGAACCUCUUGGGUAUUUAACCCACCUCAUGCCUCCCAUAUGGGAGGAGCAUGGGAACGUUUGAUAGGAGUGUCUCGGAGAAUACUAGACUCUAUGUUACUGCAGAAUCGAGUCGAGCUAACCCACGAUGUCUUAGUGACUUUUAUGGCCGAGGUAACAGCUAUUGUGAACAAUAGGCCUUUAUUACCUGUAUCAACGGAUCCAGAGUCUCCUUGUUUGCUCACACCAUCUACCUUGUUAACAAUGAAGACCACAUCCGACAUACGCCCCUUCCCAGAGUUUGGACCUAAGGACAUACGUGCACAUUGA